UGGGUUCUUCGUGUGAAACUUUAUAAUCAGAUAUACCUUAUUUUCAAAAGGGUGUUUGAUACUUUUUAUUUUUCCUCUUACCAUCAUCAUCAUCAUCUUCACUUUCAUCUUCAUCUUCAGUGAUCUUCCUUUCUUGGUUAAAUUUAGGCUCCACCAUUCUAGGAUGUAAUAUGGCUUGUGAGGAAAUAACUCUGAACUUUCCUUGCUUGUUUCUCUCCUCUGAACAUUCUGAACUGUUACAGUAUACAACUCUGCGAAACUCUGGCUCGUCCAGUGUGUGAAGAUGGAAGCUAUGUUCAUCUUCAGCAGCAGUCACAAUACCAGAAAUUGAAGAUUUGAAGUGAUUCUUCAAAGAAAACAGAAUACUACAAAAUAUUACCCCAGAAUUGCUGUUCUUAAAAUUUAAUCAGAAGCUUAUUGCAUAAAUGAGGAAGGCAUUGAUUAUAGCCUGUUCCAUAACCAUAUGCUUCAUCGCUUUUGUGAUAUCCAAGAUCGUUAUUUCAGUUCUCCUCUACAAAAGAUGGAGAAGAAAACAGAUGAUCCAUGAAGAAGGUUAUCCAGGAGGAAAGAUAGUUAUAUUUAGGUCCUCAGUGCUUAAAUCUCUCACAGCUGAUGCGAUCUUAAAGAAGACACAGAAACUGAGCAACAAGGACAUCAUUGGAUCAGGUGGUUAUGGUGUGGUCUAUGGACUAAAACUAGAUGAAUCCACAGCCUUGGCAGUAAAAAGACUAAACCGUGGAACUGCAGAAAGAGAUAAAGGCUUUGAGAGAGAGUUGCAAGCAAUGGCAGACAUAAAACACCGCAACAUUGUGACCCUUCAUGGAUAUUACACUGCACAACACUACAAUCUUCUCAUAUAUGAGCUAAUGCCCAAUGGAAGUUUGGACUCCUUUUUGCAUGGAAGAUGGAGAGACAGGAAGGUUUUGGAUUGGCCAACCAGAUAUAGAAUAGCUGCAGGUGCAGCUAGAGGAAUAUCAUAUCUUCAUCAUGAUUGCAUCCCUCACAUUAUCCACAGAGACAUCAAGUCAAGUAACAUAUUGUUGGAUGAAAAUAUGGAUGCUCGAGUUUCUGAUUUUGGAUUAGCCACUUUGAUGCAACCAAAUAAAACUCAUGUCUCAACAUUUGUGGCCGGAACUUUUGGAUACUUGGCACCUGAAUAUUUUGAUACUGGAAGAGCAACACUCAAAGGGGAUGUUUACAGCUUUGGAGUUGUUUUACUGGAGCUUUUAACUGGGAAGAAACCCAGUGAUGAAGCAUUUAUGGAAGAGGGAACAAUGCUUGUCACAUGGGUGAAGGCUGUUGUUCGACAGAAGAAGGAGGAGUUCGCCCUUGAUAGUAGCUUAGGAACUUGUUCAAUGGAAGAGGUAAAUAAGGUGUUCAGCAUUGCAAUGAUGUGUCUUGAACCAGAUCCUUUGAAUAGGCCAACCAUGGCUGAUGUUGUCAAAAUGCUUGACAAAACAGAAGUAGAUAAACUUGUUACAGAAUCCUGAUUUUUAUAUUAAAACCAUCACUCUGAACUGUGGUGUUUCUGGAAAACCAUCUUACAAGCGCUGGAGGUGCUAGACUACAUGUUAGAUGUUGCUUGGGAGUGUCAUGCUCAAGAGAGAGAGGGAAUGGAGGACCAUAAAAGAAAAUGUAUAAGUAUUGAAUUUUGAUAGAAAAAAAAAUUGAUUAACCGUUAUUAAGAAGUGUAUUUAAGUCUAACUCAACUCUACAAAACCGACUUAUA